AUGUCUAAUAACGGGCAAGAUGACGAGGCCAACCUCUCAAGAUCGCCAAGCAAUGCUUCUCAGACAAGACUGAAUGCCUUCAAAUCAAUCUGGCGCAACAACAAAGGCGUCUUCUUGAUUUUGCUCGCUCAAGCCACGGGAUCCACUAUGGAUGCUAUUGUCCGCUUUCUACAACAGGGAGGACAUGGAAUGCAUCCAUUUCAAGUCAUUUUUGCGAGAAUGAGUAUUACGGCUCUGCUGAGUACGAUUUACAUGUGGCACACUAAAGUCCCUGAUUUCCCGCUUGGAGCACCUGCUGUUAGGGGAUGGUUGAUCUUGAGAGCAUUGGCUGGAUUCUUUGGGUUGUUCUGUUUAUACUAUUCGGUACAUUAUCUUCCUCUAGCUGAAGCGACGGUCUUCCGCUUCUUGGUUCCUAUUAUUACAGCAUGGGCUUGUUCGGUGUUCCUUGGACAGUCAUUCAGUAGGACUGAGUUUCUGGCUGGAGUCAUCGCCCUGCUCGGAGUUGUGAUCAUCGCUCACCCAGCAGCCAUCUUCGGCAGAGUCGACGACGACAUCAAGGUCCCUCACCAGCCAAACAAGAUCGAUCAAGUAUCAGCCGGACAACGCCUCCUUGCCAUCUUUGUCUCUGUCAUCGGAGUCCUAGGCGCCUCUGCUGCAUACACUUUAAUCCGUGUCAUCGGCUCUCGCGCCCACGCCCUCAUCUCAGUAAACUACUUUGCCCUAAUCAGCACUUUUGGUUCCGCAGGUGCAUUAAUCGUUCUCCCAGGCAUGAAAUUCACCAUGCCCAACGGAGCACGAGAAUGGCUCCUUCUCUCUCUCCUCGGUAUCCUCGGUUUCGUGUUGCAAUUUCUACUUACUGCUGGCUUGCAAUUGGACAGAACUAGCAAGGCGACUAGUAUGCUGUAUACUGGUAUUUUGUUUGCACUUGCCUUUGACUGGGCGAUUUGGGGUGUCUUUCCCGGCUUUUGGUCGUGUGUGGGAGGUGUCGUUGUUAUUGCUAGCACGCUUUGGAGUGCGUUGCAGAAGUCGAAGGGGGCUUCUCAGAGUGCUGUGACUAAGAAGGAAGUUGUUGAUGAGGAAAGUGCUCUCCUUGGUGCGCAGACUGAGGGCAAUGAGGAUGCUGCUCGGGCAGGUGCGACUCGCGAGUCUGCGUAA